UUGGGCCACACAUUAGUGACAAACGCGUUGGAAUUUCCAUCGAUUAGUAGAUCAACUAUUAGGAUGUCUUCGUCGGCCGAUAGGCCACGGGUCCGGUCGUCGACGUUCGGCUCCCUUCAGACGCUGACCCGAGCGCUCCGGGAGUCGCUUCGUCUCCGGAAACUGCGGAAACAAAAACGACUCCGAAAUGAGGCAAACAGUGAACAAAUGCGGCGAAGAAGCAAAUCCGUGGGCAAUGCCUUCGUCGACGACGAGAUCAGUGAUAAGGUUCAGAAUAUGAGGGAAUUUGACAUUAGAUUUCUGUGGAAUGAAUCGGGACUUUGA